AUGAAGAAAGAGCUCCUCUGUUCGCUAGAAUUGCAUGGUAGAACAAGAACAACGUGCUCUAAAAUUUCCAAUGCCGCUAAUGGUUAUUUCCUGAAAUACAGUAUUGAAUGGAAGAGAUGUGUUGGGAUAUGCAAAGGCUGUGCCGCAAGCAUGACUGUACAUCGUUCAGAAGUUGCUGCAAAAACGAAAAACGUUAUAACCUCAGACAUCUUGUUUACUCACCGUAUUAUACAUCAUGAGCGACUUAUAUAUAUACUCUCUGAUGUAAUUAAAAUUAUAAUCGCAUUUCGCCAGAAAGCCCUCAAUUCUCGAAAACUUGAAGCAUUUUGUAAAGAAAUAGGCCCUCAACAUAUUCAUGGCCUUUCUCAUGCUGAAGUGAGAUGGCUGUCGAAGGGCAAAGUACUAACCUGA